GGGAGAGUUGGGAACUACCGUUUCCGGGCGGGGCGGCGAUCUGAACGCACAGGGCGGUAGCCAGACGCGCCCGCUAGCUGGCCGCCCCAGAGGGAAGCGGAAGGGCGAGAAGCCUCCCGACCUGGCUCAAGAAAAGUGCAAAGGGGCAGCGGGGGCCGCGCCCUGUCCCGCCCGCGGGGCCCAUGCCGGGCUUCGAGCUCGCGCCCGCGGACGGGGGCUGCCCGCUGGCGCUGCCGCCCGGCCAGACCGUGCUGGGAAGAGGCCCCCUGUUGGGAAUUACCGAUAAGAGAGUAUCCAGAAAACAUGCCAUAUUGGAAGUGGUGGGUGACCAGCUUCGCAUCAAACCGAUUCACGUAAAUCCUUGUUUUUAUCAAUCACCUGAGAACAACUGUCUAUUACCAUUGGAAACAGAUGAAUGGCAUUCUUUGAGCCCAGGUGACAGCUUUUCCCUUUUAAUAGAUAAGUACACUUUCAAGAUCAUCUCUACUCACUCAGAUGUGGAAAACACAUUAAGGAAAAAUAGGAAAAUUGUAGAUGAAACAGCAAAUAAAUCCGCUUCAGUGAGCCACCUUACCAAGAUGUCUUGUGAUCCAUCUUCAGUACAAUCAACAUCAUGUUCCAAUAAUAAUGUGAAAGUGCAUUCUCUUUUGGAAAGGACAGCAGAAACUCCAAAAAAGACCUCAUCCAAAAGUUCGCUUUUUUCUGCUAAUUAUAAUGAAAGUGAGGAGAGAGAGCCUGAAUGGAGGAAAAGGAUACUUCCAUCUUGGAUGUUGCAAGGAGAACUCAUGGUAAAAAGUCUUUCAACUCCAGUCACUAAUAAAGGUGGUGGAGUAACAAAAGGCAGAGGGAGAGGAAUAAGCAGUAUGAAACCAUCAAAGUCGAGAGCAGAUAUGCAUGGGAGAAAACGGUUAGCUUCUGAAGAGUGUUUAGGGGAUUUCAAAGAGAUGGAACAAGAUCAGGUAAAGAAGAGCAAAACUACUGAAGAGGAAACCACUGUCCCCGAAGCAAGGGAUGCAUCUGGAAUACCUCUUACCACGGCUAUGAGGGAAGUGGAAGAGAAUGAAAACAAAUCAGCAUCACAAGGGAUUGAGAGUUCUGUGGAGAAAAGAGAUUGUCCGCUCCACAGCAAGAGGUUAGAUUCAGAACACAGGCUAGAUUCAGAAAACAAGCUCUCUACUGAAGUAAAGGAAGUAGAUGAAAAGGAUAAGAAAGAUGAGAUGAUCCAUUCAGCAAGCCAACAGACUCACCAGGACAAGACAUCCCACUCUAAUAUUUCCUUUGCUGAGACUCAAAAGCGUGAUUUAAAUCAGGAUCCUAAAGCUGACGAUUUUAACUCAGCCAGAAGCACAGAUGCUCUACAGAGUUCUAAAUACGUGAAGCAGAAGAGGACACCCUGUAUGUAUGGGACAGGUUGUUACAGGAAGAAUCCAGUUCAUUUUCAGGAGUUCAGUCACCCUGGUGACAGCGAUUAUCAGAAUAUGGAGGUUGUAAGCCAAGAUGAUGAUGACAGACCUGAAUGUCCAUAUGGAACUACUUGUUAUAGGAAGAAUCCACAGCACAAGCUUGAAUACAAACACACUGCAACGCCAGAAACGGAAGCAAGAACCACCAGACAGAAAACUACUAAAAGAGGAAAAAGUAUUUUGGAGGAGGACAGUGAUAAUGAUGGCGAACCAAAUGAAUAUGACCUGAAUGACAGCUUUCUAGAUGACGAGGAGAAAGAGGAGGAGUACGACCCUACGGAUGAAGAUUCUGAUUGGGAGCCAAAUCCUGAAGAUGUUGAAACACUGUUGAAAGAAGCCCAAAAAUUUAUUAAAACUAAAAAGUAGUUUUGGCCAAACAAUCUUGUAAAGUACUAAUGUCAUACUUGUUUACAAGAUUGGUGGGGAUUUGGGGAAUGAUUUUGAAAGCUACUUUUACCUAUGCUUGAGACACUACAAACAGAAAUAGUUAAUGAAGGGGGAAAUGAGCACCAGUUUCCUUUUUCUUUCCAUACCCAUUGUUUUGCCUUUGAUAAUUUAGCUGGUGAAGUCAAAUAAUAAAAGUCUGGGAUUAUAUUGUGGUUUAACCGAAGACUCUUUUCCAAAUUCUUCACAGCUCAUAUUGUCAGAGGGAAGAUUAAUGUGUUGGAAUGUAGCUCUUAGAAAGAUAUUCAUGAGGAUUAUUAUGUCUUGAAAAAAAUAAGGAUUGAAGACUUACCUUAGAGCGGCUUAUAGUUUUACUAUAUAAUUGAUUCCCUACUAAAUAAAGAAGUAACAUUGCACAACUUUUUUUUUUUAAUGUGGCAGAUCUGCUUAUUCUCAGCUCAACAGGGAGUCUUUGCUAAAACAAUUAUUUUGAUUAGUUUGCUAUUCAGCUAUCCUACACUGUCACAUUAAGUUUUACCAGGUUGUUAAUUGUGGAUGUCUUCACCCUAUAAUUGCACUUAUUUCUCUGAUGUUCCUGGUUUAAUUUGCUGGUUUUGAAAACGUGCUAAAUCACUUGGGGAAAACAAAUUUUAAAAAAUGCAAGCUGAAAUUCAAAUUGUCCCAAAUCAGUUCUUGACUGUUGUUAAAGCCAAGUGCUUGGUUUACUCUAAGCUGUGCGGCCUCCUAAUAAACCCUGCAUGGGCUCAGGGUUGAUGCGCACAGAGCUGUCAUGGCCUGGGGAGAAGGACCUCUCCCCAGACAGCUGCCUGUCCUUGCUGGAGCCAGAGCUGUUCACCACUCUCUCUGAUCCGGCAGCUCCCUUCUGGCAUUGCUGGGGCCGGAGGAGCACAUCUAUUUCUGGCCAUGGCACCUCCCUGCUGAGGCUGGAGUAGCCAUGGCAGCUCCCUGUUUGGGCUGGAGGAGAGCCAUGCUCCUCCGGCCACCGUAGCAGGACCAGAUUAAAGAAAGGAGCUUUAGGAGCUGCAGCCCAGGGCCCAGAACUAAGCCCUGCCCAUUUGGCCAAGGUCCUGGGCUGUAGACCAUAAACACCUGUGUUCUGGGCCAGCCCUCAAUGGUAAGUGUGUGUGAGGGGAAGUGGGAGGAGGCUCCAUGUGCUGCCAUUCCUUCCUCCCCAGCUGAAGCAGUGUCACUGAGCACUGGAAAACUCUCUCUGCAGCUUCCAUUGGCCAGGAAUUGUGGCCAGUAGGAGCUGUGGGGGGUAGCAUCGAGCCACCUGUUUCUCCACCACCAUCAAAUGGGAGUUGCCCCCAUAAGCACCCUAUAUCCCAAGCCCUUUCUCUCUAGACCCCACACCCUAGCUCUCUCCUAGAUCGCGCACCUCAUCCCUGAGCCCCAUUUUGAACCCUAACUCCUGCCCUGACACCAUACCCCCGCUCCAGCCUCCUGCCCUGGGCCUGCUACCACACUCCAUACCUCUUGGCCCCAACCUGGAAGCCCCCUCCUAUACCCUAAACACUCAUCCCUAAGCCUGACCCAGUACCCUCAUUCCCCUUAACCCUGAGCCCUCCCCCCAUAUUCUGAAUUCCACAGCCCUAUCCCCACCACAGAUUGUCCAUGUACAGAAUGAGAUAUGUUGUUUGCACCAGUAUGGAAGUGAUGGGUCUCAUAUUGGAGCACAUAACAAAGUUCAUUCUGCACAUGGACAUACAAAUUAGAGGGAACCAUUGCAUCUUUUUUCAGUCAUUGUACAUUGUGGAUACUGUCACUUUAUGUUGAAACUGAUACUUAGUGGCUGGUUAUACAGCGAACUGACUUAAAAUUAUGCUGAACUUAUCUAAACAUAGCUUAUAGUUUGUUAAAGCUUACCUAAUGCUUCCUAUUAAGGUCCUGUUUUUAAUUGACUUGUAACUUUCCUUAACUUUGAACCUUUUCAGUUUGAAUGUAUCACGCCAAGUGUCUGUCCCAGAGUGAAUGUAUUUGAAAGUUUUAGCAGAAAUGGUUUAGCCAUUACUGAGCACGAGGUUUUGCUUGUAUU